CAUCAGAGAGCGUCUUCUGAGAGAAAAGGACCUUGUCCUUGACACUGCAAUAAACAUCUGUCGUACCAGCGAAAUGGCCAGCCAACAACUUCAAAACAUAGACCAUCCAAUAGAAGAGGUGAAGUAUGCAAGAGCUCAUCCAAAGCAGAAGCGAGCUGAAUCAGCAAACAAAACUCAAGAUAAAAGUCUAAAACUCUGCAAGUAUUGUGGCGACCAACACCCACGAGGAAGCUGCAAAGCUUAUGGCCAAAUAUGCGCCAAUUGCAACAAACGCAACCACUUUGCUAAAGUGUGUCAAUCAAAGCCUGCACAUGCACCUGAGAAAUUCUCAACUCAGAGCUCCAAGCACAAAAUACACAUAGUCCAAGAAGACAUCCCUUCAGACAGUGAUGACAGCAUAUACAAUGUCCACGCUAGCAACAAGAGAAAAUACAUUGCUGAGAUUAAGGUAUCAACCCUAGACAAGACCUCAACUGAAGUUAUCAAGUUCCAAAUUGAUACUGGAGCAACAUGUAGCACUAUCAGAGAGGAGGAUUACAACAAAAUAACGCAGCAGGAGCCUGAUCAAUCCAACACCAUACUACGCCUUUACGGAAGUGCAACAAUGAAACCCAUAGGCAAGACGAAGCUGUUAUGCACACUCAAUGAAAUCACCAAGAAAGUACACUUUCAAAUUGUAAGAGAAGCCCCUACAUCCCUACUGUCAGGAAAGGCAUGUGAAGCUCUCAAACUUCUACAGUUCAAUGAACAGUGUGUUCAUGAAUUCACAUCAAAGCCAGCUUCUCCGACAAAAGAAGAAAUCCUACAGGAAUACUCAGAUGUCUUUAAUGGUCUUGGUACAUUGCCAGGAACAUAUCACAUCCAAACAGACCCCUCGGUGAUACCUGUCCAGAACAACCCCAGACGUGUUGCAAUUCCAGUCCAGGACGACCUAAAAGCAAAGAUCAAAGAGCUAGAAGAAAUGGGUGUUAUUGCUAAAGUAGAAGAACCUACUCAAUGGAUCAGCAACAUGGUGGCUAUAAAGAAACCUAAUAAACUGAGGGUAUGCAUUGAUCCCUUAGAACUCAACAAAGCAAUCAUAAGAAAUCACUAUCCUACGCCAACAAUUGACGAUGUUGCCCACAAGCUCACAAAUGCAAAGAUCUUCUCAGUAGUCGAUGCAAAGGAUGGGUUUCUUCAAGUACUACUAGAUGAGGAAUCCAGUUACCUGACCACCUUCUGGACCCCAUAUGGGAGAUAUCGUUGGCUGAGGAUGCCGUUUGGUAUCAAAUCAGCUCCAGAGGAGUUCCAACGCAGAAUAGAUCAGUGUCUUGAAGGCCUAAGCAAUGRCGUAGCMGUAUUUGACGACAUUCUCAUUUAUGGGACUGGUGACACGCUGGAAGAAGCAACUGAAUCGCACGAUAAAGCACUCAAAGAGCUCCUUGAUCGCUGCAGAGACCGUGGUCUAAAGCUUAACAAGCGAAAGUUCAAGCAUAAGCAAGAAAAGAUUUCAUACCUCGGACACAUCAUCAGCUCAGAAGGAAUCCAAGCAGACCCUGAUAAAGUGCAGGCCAUACAGGACAUGCCUCAACCCACUGACAUCCCAGGAGUGCAGCGACUACUAGGUGUUGUGACCUACCUUGCGAAGUUUCUUCCUCAACUGAGCACAAUAGCUGAACCUCUCCGUCGCCUCACUGACAAAGACGCAGUGUUUGAUUGGCUACCGCAACAUGAGAACUCCUUUGCCAAGAUCAAAGCAAUGAUCACCGACGCCCCAAUCCUCCACUAUUAUGACAAAGACAAGGACGUAACAAUCGAAUGUGACAGCUCAGARGUUGGUCUUGGUGCUGUGAUAAGCCAGGAAGGUCACCCGAUUGCAUAUGCUUCAAGAGCCUUAUCCCAGACCGAAAGGAACUAUGCACAAAUAGAAAAAGAAUGUCUGUCGAUCGUGUUUGCUACUGAAAGAUUCGAACACUACAUCCUUGGCAAAGAAAGGGUAAAAAUCCAGACAGACCACAAACCUCUGGUCACCAUAUUCAAGAAAUCAAUACUCACUAGUCCCAAACGCCUUCAACGCAUGAGGCUGAGACUUCAGAAGUUCUCAUUAGAGGUCGAAUACAAGCCUGGCCCAAAAAUGCACAUYAGCGACACUCUGUCAAGGGCCUCCUUACCUCUUCCCGAAACUCGUGAAGAUCUACCAGACUACCAGAUAUUUCAAGUCAAAGAAGAAGCAAAGCAUCGCAAGGCCCUAGAGGAUAUUGACAUGGAAGACUCCCUUUUUGUUUCAGACCACCGUCUAAACAAAAUACGACAAACUACGCAGCUAGAUUCAUCAAUGCAGACACUAAUGCAGUGCAUAAAAGAAGGCUGGCCUGAAUCGAAGAAYGACGUGCCCUUGUGCAUUAAAGAGUACUGGCCGUAUCGAGAUGAACUGUCUACACAAAAUGGACUUGCUUAYCGUGGGACACGAAUCAUAAUUCCAGAGAACUUGAGAAAGGAGAUGAUCACAAGGGCCCAUACAUCUCACUUGGGCAUCCAGUACACCACCUCCACUGCUAGAGAAAUAAUGUACUGGCCUAGGAUGAAUGCUGAUCUAACUGAAGCUGUGCGGAGGUGCUCAACAUGCCAAGAAUCACAGACAGCUCAAGCAGAUGAGCCCAUGAUGACUCAUCCUGUUCCGCAGUACCCAUGGCAGGCUGUUGCUAGUGACUGUUUCGAAGUACAAAGCGAGUACUAUGUCAUUGCAGUUGACUUGUACUCUGAUUAUAUAGAAGUCAACAAGCUCCAAUCAUUGACUUCAUCAGAAAUCAUUGAUAAACUGAAGCUCAUGUUUUCAACUCAUGGAAKCYMUUCAGUUCUCAUAACUGACAAUGGCACCAACUACAGUUCAAGAGAAUUCCAACAGUUYACUACAUCAUGGGAUAUUAACCACGUGACCGUCAGUCCCCAUCAUCACAAGUCGAACGGGAAGGCAGAGUCCGCAGUCAAGAUAGCAAAAAGCAUCAUCAGUAAAUCAAGRAAGGAGAACAAGGACAUCUGGAAGGCCCUUCUGGAGUGGAGAAAUGCAACCACUCCAGGAUUAACUAGCUCACCAGCUCAGCGACUAAUGUCAAGACGCACUCGCUCUACACUGCCAUGCAAAGAAACUCUYUACAAACCACAAGUACAAGAAAAUGUCACAUCUGAUGUAAUUCAAAGGCGCAAGUUAGCAAAGUUUUAUCAUGACAAKGGUACAAAACAACUACCCAAACUUAUUGUUGGGCAGCCUGUUCAAGUGAAAGUGAAGCCGCAACUACCUAGAUCUCCAUGGAAACCAGGUAUUGUGUCUGCAAAUGCAUCUACUCCACGAAGCUACAUAGUCAGUACUGGAGACAGGUCAUACAGAAGAAACAGGAUCCACUUGCGUGACACACCUGCUGCUAAAAAUCUAUCAACUGUAGACCAAAACCCUCCACUUGACUGUUCAACUGCACUGGGAGGAGAGCUUCGAAGGAUUGCCUCGUCUGCUCCUGACAACUGUACUCACCCCACUAUAACUACACCAGAUGUUAACGAAGCCUCACCAUUAGUGACCCGCUCUGGAAGAUGUGUGAAAGCACCCUCAAGAUUCAUGUUUGAACAUUGAACAAUGAACUAAUAUGUUUUUUAUACUAGAAACCUGUAUUUCAUAGUUACCCAGUUUGUUUGGUUGACAUUUUUUAACUUCAUCGUUGUAAAGGGAGAUGUUAUGUGAUGGGCUCCCUGUGCAUACAUGCUUGGGGAGUCCCAGGGGCUGGGUCGCAUGUGCGAGUAAAAAAAUAAAGACCUCAUGCUUGCAAAACA